GCCACGGACGCUGAGGGGACCGCCCUGCGCCCCGGAGGUUCGAGGGGGGGGGAGCACAGCGGAGCCCCCUCCCCCCGGCUCGGGCGCUGAGACACCCCCCCUGUGCCCCCUGCCUUCUGCUGCCUCCGCGUGCCUUGGCUGGGGGGCAGAGCGCUGGGGAGCUGUCUGAAGAAUCGCAUGAUGAAGAAAAGAUGGCUACUUCUCUCCGUGGUGUGUUUUUCACUCUCAUUGCUAAAACUUUGUGAUGGAGCUAUCAUGCUAUCUGUCCCCGAAGUGGUUUCAUUAGAAAAUGGUAGCUUGACAAAUGUCACCGUGAUUCUAAGUGCCCCAUUAAAUGAGACCUUGGUGAUAACAUUUAAUGUCACAUAUUCAUCAAAAAAUGGAACCAUUGUUGAACUACCUGAUCAAGUAACAUUGCCUACAGGUCUAAAUAAUUCAAGCUUUCAAGUGAAAGCUAAAGAUGUUGGACAAGUUACAGUUUAUCUUCAUGCCAGUAAUUCCAACCAAACUGGUCCCAGGAUUCGAUUCCAAGUGAUUCAUAGCAACAUAGUGAGGAUUAUAGACCAGGUGACUGGCUGGAUCUAUUUCUUUGCCUGGUCGAUCUCCUUUUACCCUCAGGUUUUCGAAAACUGGCGACGAAAAAGUGUUGUUGGACUAAGCUUUGACUAUGUAGCGUUAAACCUCACUGGCUUCAUAGCAUACAGUGUAUUUAAUGUAGGACUUUUCUGGAUAGCCUACAUCAAGGAGCAGUUCCUACACCAGUAUCCCAAUGGAGUGAUCCCUGUGGACAGCAAUGAUGUCUUCUUCAGUCUCCAUGCAGUAGCUUUAACUCUCUUUCUAAUAUUUCAGUGCUGUAUAUAUGAGAGAGCUAGUCAAAGAGUGUCCAGAGUUGCUAUUGGGCUGCUUGUGAUUGCGUGGAUCUUCACAUUUACCACCCUGUCCGUGGCUGCAGCUGGAGAAAUCACGUGGCUACAGUUCUUAUUUUUCUUUUCUUACAUUAAACUGGGAAUCACACUUAUAAAAUAUUUUCCACAGGCAUAUAUGAAUUUUCGGCGGAAGAGUACUGAAGGAUGGAGCAUUGGAAAUGUGUUACUAGAUUUUACUGGUGGAAGCUUCAGCCUCCUUCAGAUGUUUUUACAGUCUUACAACAACGGUAAGCAUGGAAUUGAAGCCCCUUUUAGGGCCUACAUUUUCCACUAAAGGAAAAACCUGCCA